AGCAUUAUGGAAGUGAAAGAGCGACGCCCGUACUGCUCACUCACCAAGAGCCGGAAGGACAAGGAGGGACCGUACACUGGUUCAUCGGGGGACAGCGAGGACUGUGCCAUCGGCCCUCAGGGACUCCGGGUUCCCACUCAGAAGUCCUACUCCUCCAGCGAAACGCUCAAGGCCUUCGACCAGCACCAAGACCAGACCAGGUUGCUGUACGGGACGACCAAGGGCCACAAGGACAUGGUUCACCGCGAGCAGGACGACUACAGCAGGCAAGGUCAACACUUCAGCCUCCGCCAGCUGGGCAUCUGCGAGCCGCCGCCGCGCCGCGGCCUGGCCUUCUGCACCGACAUGGGCCUCCCCCACCGCGGCUUCUCCGUCGGCACGGCCCAGGACCUGGACGCCGACAGCCAGGCGGUGAUGUCGCCGGAGCGCGCCAUGCGGCUGUGGGGCCGCGGGGGCGUCGGGAAGUCGUCCGGGAGAAGCUCCUGCCUGUCCAGCCGCUCCAACUCGGUGCUGACUCUGACCGACACCGAGCACGAGAACAAGUCGGACAGCGACAACGAGCAACCUCCCAACCACCACGGCUCCACCCUGCCUCCUGUGCCCCCCCCUCACCGCCAGCAGCCCUCGGUAACGGCGCUCAACCAGGCCCUCGGCUCCACGCACCACGCUGGCCACUCCCUAAACUCAACGCGGCAGCUAACCCCUCCCACUGGAAGCCCGGCCCCUGUGGCCGGCCAAUCACCAGCCGAGCUGCAGACCACGCCCCCCGAGAGCGUCCCGCUGCAAGACAGCUGGGUGCUGGGUAGCAAUGUGCCUCUGGAGACAAGGCACUUCCUCUUUAAGACAGGUACAGGCACCACCCCCCUCUUCUCAACAGCUACUCCGGGCUACACGAUGGCGACAGGCUCAGUGUACUCGCCUCCCACCAGGCCGCUGCCAAGGAACACCCUGUCCCGCUCUGCCUUCAAGUUCAAGAAAUCCUCCAAGUACUGCUCAUGGAGGUGUACAGCCCUCAGUGCAGUAGGUCUGUCUGUGCUGCUUUCUGUCCUGCUUUGUUACUGCAUAGCUAUGCACCUGUUUGGUCUAAACUGGCAGCUUCAGGAAAGCGAGGGAUACGGAGCAUUCGAAAACGGAGGAGGGGGAAGAGACACGACUCCCAACACCUUCAUGGUGUCCACAGACAAUGGCAAAAUGUUUCUUCUAGAGAACAACACCAUAGACACAGGAGAGGUGGACGUGGGGAGACGAGCCGUCCAAGACGUCCCGCCAGGAGUGUUUUGGAGGUCCCAGCUAUACAUCGACCAGCCACAGUUCUUGAAAUUCAACAUCUCCGUGCAGAAAGACGCUCUUGUCGGGGUGUAUGGACGCAAAGGCCUGCCGCCCUCACAUACGCAGUAUGACUUCGUGGAGCUGCUCGACGGCAGCCGUCUCAUUUCCAAAGACAAACGAGCGCUCAGCGACGUGGACUCGGUAAACCCUCAUGCAGCCAGUUCUCAUGAAGACGAGUCUGGGGGAGGAGCUCGACACGCACGCUCGGUGAACGUGCACGAGGCUGGCUUCAUCCAGUUCUUGGACACGGGAAUCUGGCAUCUGGCGUUUUACAACGAUGGGCGUAACACCGAGCAAGUCUGCUACAACACCAUCAUCAUAGAGUCGAUUAUGGAGUGUCCUCAGAAUUGUCAUGGAAACGGUGAUUGUCUCUCAGGAAUAUGCCACUGUUUCCCAGGAUUUCUGGGGCCUGACUGCUCUCGAGCGGCCUGUCCGGUGUUGUGCAGCGGUAACGGCCAGUACUCCCGUGGACGCUGCCAGUGCUACAGCGGCUGGAAAGGCACCGAGUGCGACGUGCCGGCCAACCAGUGCAUCGACAUCCACUGUGGAGGACACGGCAUCUGCAUUAUGGGCGCCUGCAUCUGCAACACUGGUUAUAAGGGCGAUAACUGUGAGGAAGUGGACUGCAUAGACCCCAGUUGUUCCGCCCACGGAGUGUGCAUCCAUGGAGAGUGCCACUGUCAGCCGGGCUGGGGCGGCGCCAGCUGUGAGAUUGCCAAGGCGAUGUGUCCAGACCAGUGUUCAGGACACGGCACCUACAAUGCAGAGACCAGCACGUGCGCCUGCGACCAGAACUGGACCGGGCCGGACUGCUCCUUAGAGGUGUGUGAGGUGGACUGUGGGAGUCACGGUGUGUGUUACGGCGGCGUGUGUCGCUGCGAGGAGGGCUGGACGGGAACCUUGUGCGACCAGAAAGCCUGCCACCCGCUGUGCAGCAAGAACGGAGUGUGCAAGGAGGGCAAGUGUGAGUGUGACCAGGGAUGGACGGGGGAGCACUGCAAUAUCGAUGGUUUGGCCGAUUGUAUGGAUCCAGACUGCUGUCUGCAGCCGUCCUGUCAAAACCAGCUGUAUUGUAAAGGCUCACCUGACCCGGGGGAGGUGCUCAGCCAGUCUCCGUCCUCAUUGGCUCCUCAGCAGGCUGCCAGAUCUUUCUACCAGCGUAUUCACUUCCUAGUUGGUCCUGAAUCCACUCACAUCAUCACUGGAGACAGUCCGUUCAACAGAAGCUUGGUGUCGAUAAUUCGAGGUCAAGUGCUGACAGCCGACGGGACGCCUCUGAUUGGAGUCAACGUGACGUUUGUCCACUACCCUGAACACGGAUUCACCAUAACACGCAAGGACGGCAUGUUCGAUCUCCUGGCCAACGGAGGAGCAUCUCUGACGCUGAGCUUCGAGCGCGCUCCGUUCCUCACUCAGUACAGAACCGUGUGGAUGCCAUGGAACGUGUUCUACGUGAUGGACACGCUGGUCAUGAAGAAGGAGGAGAACGACAUCCCCAGCUGUGACCUGAGCGGCUUCAUCAGACCCAGUCCUGUCAUCGUUGCUUCCCCUCUGUCUACGUUCUACAGAAGUUCACCUGAGGAUGCUCCCAUCAUACCUGAAACACAGGUUUUACAAGAAGAAACCUCCAUACCAGGAAGUGAUCUGAACCUGAUCUACCUGAGCUCCAGAGCUGCAGGAUACAAACCAGUCCUCAAAGUUGCACUGACACAGUCAUCAAUACCGUUCAACCUGAUGAAGGUUCACCUGAUGGUGGCAGUGGUGGGUCGCCUCUUCCAGAAGUGGUUCCCUGCCCAACCCAAUCUAUCCUACACCUUCAUCUGGGACAAGACGGAUGCUUACGGCCAACGGGUCUACGGGCUGUCGGAGGCAGUUGGUAUACUGUACAAGGGGAACGGUGAGAAUAUCUUCAUUUCCCAGCAGCCCCCUGUCAUCAGCAGCAUCAUGGGAAAUGGUCGCCGCCGCAGCAUCUCCUGCCCCAGCUGUAACGGGCAGGCAGAGGGCAACAAGCUGCUGGCGCCCCUGGCUUUGGCUUGUGGAGCAGAUGGCAGCAUUUUCGUUGGAGACUUCAACUACAUCAGGAGGAUCUUCCCCUCUGGGAAUGUGACCAGUGUCAUGGAGCUGAGCAACAACCCUGCACACCGUUACUAUCUGGCCACAGACCCGGUGACGGGGCAGCUCUACGUGUCCGACACCAACUCGCGACGAAUCUACCGGCCCAAGAUGCUCAGCGGCGCCCGUGACCUCAUCAGUAACGGAGAAGUCGUGGCCGGUACAGGUGAGCAGUGUCCUCCAUUCGACGAAGCGCGAUGUGGAGACGGAAGAAAAGCCACAGAGGCUCAGCUACUGGGACCAAAAGGGAUUGCGGUCGAUAAAAAUGGACUGAUCUACUUCGUGGAUGGAACUAUGAUCAGGAAGGUGGAUCGUAACGGCAUCAUCUCCACGGUGCUGGGCAGCAACGACCUGACCUCUGCGCGACCUUUGACCUGCGACACCAGCAUGCACAUACGACAGGUUCGUCUAGAGUGGCCCACAGAUCUCGCCAUCAACCCCAUGGACAACUCCAUCUACGUCCUGGACAACAACGUUGUGCUGCAGAUCACUGAGAACAGACAGGUUCGUAUCGUGGCUGGCCGUCCCAUGCACUGCCAGGUGCCCGGUAUAGAGUACACGAUGGGGAAACGAGCUGUUCAGACCAUGCUGGAGGGAGCUACAGCCAUCGCCUUGUCCUACAGCGGCGUCCUCUACAUCGCAGAGACAGAUGAGAAGAAGAUCCACCGUAUCCGACAGGUGUCAACUGACGGAGAAAUCACCCAUCUGGCUGGAGCGCCAUCUGACUGUGACUGCAAGAACGAUGCCAACUGUGACUGUUAUCAAACGGGAGACGGCUACGCUAAAGACGCGAGGCUUAAUUGUCCUUCCUCUUUAGUGGUGUCUCCAGAGGGGACGCUGUAUGUGGCUGAUCUCGGAAACAUUCGGAUUCGAGCCAUACGACGCAAUCAACCACCGACCGGCUCUCUGGCUUCAGGUCCCAGCUCCUACGAAGUCGCCUCCCCGGCCUCUCAGGAGCUCUAUGUGUUUGAUUCUAAUGGAACGCACCAGUUCACCAUGUCUCUGGUUACCGGAGACUAUAAAUACAACUUCAGUUACAGCAACGAGGAGGACGUAACCGCGGUGACAGACAGCAGCGGGAACACGCUCCGUAUCCGUCGAGACACCAACAGGAUGCCGGUGCGUGUGGUCGCCCCUGACAAUCAGGUCAUCUGGCUGACCAUCGGGACUAAUGGAGGUCUGAAGACUCUCACAGCUCAGGGUCAGGAGCUGGUCUUGUUUAGUUACCAUGGCAACAGCGGCUUGCUGGCUACCAAGAGCAUCCAGAUCGGCUGGACUACUUUCUACGACUACGACAGCGAGGGCCGGCUGACGAAUGUGACCUUCCCCACCGGCGUGGUAACCAAUCUCCACGGCGACAUGUCGUCGGGGGCUGUUGCCGUGGACAUUGAGACAUCAGGAAGGGAUGAGGACGUUUCCAUAACAACCAACCUGUCAUCGAUAGACUCCUUCUACACUCUGGUGCAGGACCAGCUUCGUAACAGCUACCAGGUGGGUAACGACCAUUCACUGAGGGUCAUCUAUGCCAAUGGGAUGGACACACACUACCAGACGGAGCCCCACAUACUGGCAGGUGCUGCUAACCCAACUAUAGCCCGGCGCAACAUGACCCUGCCGGGAGAGAACGGCCAAAACCUGGUGGAGUGGAGGUUCAGGAAGGAGCAGACCAGAGGAAAAGUCAUCGUGUUUGGGAGGAAGCUCAGGGUGAACGGCAGGAACCUGCUGUCUGUCGACUACGACCGUACGCUGCGAACAGAGAAGAUUUACGACGACCACAGGAAGUUCCUGCUGAAGAUCAUCUACGACACUCAAGGCCAUCCAACGCUUUGGGUUCCGAGCAGCAAGCUGCUGUCGGUUAACCUGACGUACUCCAGUACGGGGCAGGUGACGGGCCUCCAGAGGGGUCCGACCACGGAGAGGUGGGAGUACGACAGCCAGGGAAGAAUCAUCUUACGAGUCUUCGCUGAUGGGAAGACGUGGAGCUACACUUACCUGGAUAAGUCCAUGGUCUUGCUGCUGCACAGCCAGCACCAGUACAUCUUCGACUACGACUCAGGGGACCGUCUGUCAGCGGUCACCAUGCCCAGCGUGGCUCGACACACCAUGCAAACCAUCAGGUCCAUCGGCUACUACAGGAACAUCUACACGCCGCCGGAAAGCAAUGCCUCUGUCACCGUGGACUACUCUGAGGACGGACAGCUCCUCAGAGUCGCCCAUCUCGGCACUGGCAGACGUAUCCUGUACAAAUAUCGCAGACAGAACAAGCUGGCAGAGAUCCUGUAUGACUCGACGCGGGUCAGCUUCACAUAUGACGAGACUGCUGGUGUGCUUAAGACCGUCAACCUGCAGAGCGAAGGCUUCAUCUGCUCCAUCCGGUACCGCCAAAUCGGUCCUCUGGUCGACCGGCAAAUAUUCCGCUUCAGCGAGGACGGGAUGGUGAACGCGCGCUUCGACUACACCUACGACAACAGCUUCAGAGUCACCAGCAUGCAGGCCGUAAUCAACGAGACGCCGCUGCCCAUCGAUCUCUAUCAGUUCGAUGACAUCUCUGGGAAAGUGGAGCAGUUUGGGAAGUUUGGAGUCAUCUAUUAUGACAUCAAUCAGAUCAUCUCCACAGCGGUGAUGACCUACACCAAACACUUCGACCAGCACGGCCGCAUCAAGGAGAUCCAGUACGAGAUCUUCAGGUCUCUGAUGUACUGGAUCACCAUUCAGUACGACAACAUGGGCCGAGUCACCAAGCGGGAGAUCAAGAUCGGACCGUUUGCCAACACCACCAAAUAUGGCUACGAGUAUGACGUCGAUGGACAGCUGCAGACGGUCUCCCUCAACGAGAAGAUGAUGUGGAGGUACAAUUAUGACCUCAACGGUAACCUGCAUCUGCUGAACCCCGGGAACAGCGGCCGGUUGACUCCUCUACGCUACGAUCUGAGGGACAGGAUCACUCGUCUGGGAGAUGUUCAGUACAGGCUGGAUGAAGAUGGUUUCCUGAGACAGAGAGGAGCUGAGAUAUUCGAAUAUAACUCCAAAGGUCUUCUAGUUCGUGUUUACAGCAAAGCAGCCAGCUGGACCAUCCAGUAUCGAUACGAUGGCUUGGGUCGGCGUGUGGCGUCUAGAAACAGUCUGGGCCAACACCUGCAGUUCUUCUACGCCGACCUGAACUACCCCACCAGGAUCACCCACGUCUAUAACCACUCCAGCUCCGAGAUCACGUCGUUUUACUACGAUUUGCAGGGCCACGUGUUCGCGAUGGAGAUCAGCAGCGGGGAGGAGUUCUACAUCGCAUGUGAUAACACCGGGACGCCACUGGCUGUGUUCAGCAACAACGGACUGCUGCUCAAACAGGUGCAAUACACAGCGUACGGCGAGGUUUACUUUGAUUCCAACCCAGAUUUUGUGCUGGUAAUUGGUUUCCAUGGAGGCCUGUAUGAUCCCCUGACACGACUGCUGCACUUCGGAGACAGAGAUUACGACAUCCCUGCGGGGAGGUGGACCACGCCUGACAUCAGCACAUGGACACGUGUCGGCAAAGACCCUCAGCCCUUCAACCUCUACAUGUUCCGCGGCAACAACCCCAUCAGCAAGAUCCAUCAGGUCAAAGAAUACGUAACAGAUGUCAACAUCUGGUUGGUCACGUUUGGCUUUCACCUCCACAAUGCAAUCCCAGGAUUCCCCAUUCCCAAGUUCGACCUGACGCAGCCGUCGCUGGAGAUGAAAAAGAGCCAGCUGUGGGACGACCUGCCUUCUAUCUCAGGUGUGCAGCAGGAGGUGACUCGUCAGUCUCAGGCCUUCCUGUCCUUUGAGCGGAUGCCAGAAAUUCAGCUCAGCCGGCGGCACUCGGACCACACCAAGCCUUGGCUGUGGUUCGCCACCGUCAAGUCUCUGAUUGGGAAGGGAGUGAUGCUCGCCGUGAUCCAAGGCCGCGUGGUGACCAACGCUCUGAACAUUGCCAACGAGGACUGCAUCAAAGUGGCUGCAGUCCUAAACAAUGCCUUCUACCUGGAAGACCUGCACUUCACAGUGGAGGGACGAGACACUCACUACUUCAUCAAAACCAGCCUGCCUGAGAACGACCUCAGCGCCCUGCGGCUCACCUCCGGCAGGAAGUCGCUGGAGAACGGGGUGAACGUCACCGUGUCCCAGUCCACCACGGUGAUGAACGGGAGGACGCGGCGGUUCGCUGACGUGGAGCUGCAGCACGGCGCCCUGGCACUCCACGUACGUUACGGGACGACGUUGGACGAAGAGAAAGCGCGAAUCCUGGAACACGCCAGGCAGAGGGCGCUGUCGAGCGCCUGGGCCCGCGAACAGCAGCGGGUGAGGGACGGAGAAGAAGGAGUACGGCUGUGGACGGAGGGAGAGAAAAGGCAGCUGCUGAGCAGCGGCAAGGUUCUGGGUUAUGACGGUUACUAUGUGUUGUCCAUAGAGCAGUACCCGGAGCUGGCCGACAGCGCCAACAACAUCCAGUUCCUGCGCCAGAGCGAGAUAGGGAGGAGGUAACAGGGCAUCAACAGGGGCAACUGACAACACGCUCGGGCUGUCAAAGACUAACUACUAGUUCAACACAAAAUGGAUGUCACAGGCUGAGCUGUCAGAAGACUGAGAAACUAUCCAGUGAAGAGACCCCACGUCUAAAAAUUAGUUCUGAUGAGGUUGUUUAGUAGGAUUUCUAGACUGAUCGAUGACGUAACAAUCACUCCAACACAACUGAGCUGAAACACGAUAAAACUACAGUUGUGAGGUCUUCACGAGCCUGUAGAGGUUCUUCUGACCAAUGCCUUUUCUCUUUCUGUUUCUAUCUGUUGUCUCUCUCUCUCUCUCUCUCUCUCUCUCUCUCUCUCUCUCUCUCUCCCUGUAGUCUGCCUUCAAACAGCCUGCAUGCCCCUCCCCCUCUCUCUGGUAGGCGGGGCUAACCUGACUGCUAUCUUUGUGUGCUAUCUAGCUGUCAAACAGUGGGAUGUAGAGACUUCUUCAAAUAGCCAACUGAGCAUUUCAGCAGCCAUCACAACUAGAUGAGCCCUCAAGCAUUUAAAAAGCUGUAAACUGUCCGUGCAGUCAACAUAACAAAUGUCUGUGCAUCCCUAACAGAUGUUGCAAGUAUCGUAUCUCUGUGGGUCCAGAUGUGACCCGUCGCUCUGGGUUCUAGACCUCUAUGAGCCAUGUCUAUAGGAUGUUUUGUUUCCAUGGCCCAAGCCAUUGAAUGGAACUGUUGUGGACUCUCUCUAAGAGAGACAGGCACAAAAAAAGGACAACAAUUUGUACGAAGGGAAAAAAAAAAAAAAAAGACUGAUUUCCUGUUUGGAUUUUUUUUGGUUUUGUUUUUAUAUAUAAACUUGCUUUUGCUUUAGACAAAAAAGGGGAUAUAAAAAUGAGCAAAAAAGUGUUUACAUACUAUUACAUACUAUUACCACUAUUACUACUAUAACGACACCACCACCACCACCACCACCACCGCCAACGGGAUGGACCAUGAUCUGAACUAAACGAAACCAAACUUUCAGUUGUGUUUUUGUUUUGUUUCUUACCGAUACCUACGAUCUGUUUGGCCAGUUCUAAAACCACUCCUCCUCCUCAUCCCCUGUGCUUUUUACAAGGUCCACAAACUCAUCCAGACCACAGUCUAACAGCAGCGUGCGAGGAAGCAGGGCGAGCGCAGGGCCACGGCCGGUGCCCGACUCUACGUGGAUGUACUCUUUGUGGAUCGAGUGGGCUCACUGGUCCUGUAGAACGCUGGUCCCCCAGCAGCCCAGGAGUCCUUCACUUCUGCAUAAUGUGACUCAUAAUGCAUAGACCUUGUGCUUUAAUCGGUCAAAGGUAGUAGUAUUGCUUGCAAUAGAAACAUGUUGUCAUGGCUUUGGGGGGGGCAGGGUUGCUGUGAGUAGUAACUACUUGUUGCUUCUCUCUUCGUUUUUGCUCGUUUCUCCUUUAAGAGACAGUGCAUCGCCAUCAGUGACAUUAAUGAAUAACAGUAAUAGAUCAAAAAUCGAUGUGGAUGUUUUCUCAUUGAUUGUGGGGGUCUGUACUCUUUUAGAGUUUUUUGUGUGUAUGUGUGUUUACAAAGGGUUGGAAGGCAACUUUAAUCAUUUUAAAAAGAGAGCGCGCGGGAACUUUACACGGAGGGUUAACAUCAUAUGCUACCAAUCUUUCUGUUUUUUUUCCAGAGACUAUUAAGACGAGUUGACAAUGUUUUAUGGGUUUAUCUUUUUUUAUUUUGAACGUUGAGAAAUUCCACUUAUCCGUACAUCAAUAUUAGUCUCAGAGAAAGUAAUUUAUGUACAGUGUUUCUACGGUAAAGAAUAAAAAUCCUUGAAACUAG